AUUUCUCAUCACUCGCACGUCCUACUGGGUGUUCUCUUUCGUUUGUGUAGCAAUGCCUGUCACCCAGAUUGGGUGAUUCAACCCAUUUGCCGCAGAAGGUAUCAAAGGGUCUGCACUGCCACCCAGAUUCGUAACUUCAGCCCUCUCCCAUAAAUAUGAAAGCACGCCUCAUCGGCUAGCACAAAACAGUAGAGAUCCUCUGCUCUAGCGCAAAUUUCAAUCUUAGCCUCUACGACCCUGCCGCUACAUCUAUUCAUUCAUCUUCCUCAUCUCUUUUCUCCAAGCGACUCCCUAUCCUUUGCUCAGAUGUCCACUCCGGUCGUUGAAGCCCGAUCGCUGUCUUCGCUGACUACACUUGCCUCCAACCCGCCAUCUUAUCCAAGAAAUCCGACGCAUGUUAAACAUGAGCCGUUAGUCUUAUACAUUGCUCGUGUACCGGGCAGCAGAGUAGAUGUCUUCCUCACUCCCAUGAAACCGCGAGACAAGGUGGUCACUGCAGAGGACGUGCAAAGCUCUCUCUACUACCUCCAUAUCGACCAACCGGAGGAUACUCGUCUCAUCGUACCGAGUGCAAAUCCCAUUACUGAAUCAAGGUACGAUGCCCAGCCAGAUCAGCCUCCGCAACCACCAGUCCACCGGAAGCCCCUAUCGCCCGCUCUAGCCCCUCCUAGCAUGCCAGUUGCACCAAAGAGGAAGCCAAUACCUGGAACUCUGGCCCCACAGAACGACUUCCAGAAUAGACAGAACAUCAGCGCUGAAGGGUACCCUCAGAAGUCCCCCCAAUUUCUAAACCCCAAUUAUAAUCAACAGCCUGGGAGUGGGCCACCUCCUUACCCAAUUGAUGACGAUGAGGGGCCUCCACUCCCCCCAAGGGGAUUAUCAAACGCCGCAACGCGCCCUCGCGAUGAAAAUGAAGUGCCUCCACUUCCUCCACGAAGACCGUCCGAAUAUUUCUCCAGUACAGGAACAUCUCUUACGCUCAUCCGACGAGAUCCAGCAUCUGGCGCCCAGUGGAACGUCUCCCGCAUAGAAGACCCGCCAGUCCUCGAUGUAUCUUCUUUAGCCAUCAAUGAUCCAAGUCAAAGGAAAAGGACGGGUGCACCGAUGUAUAUUGAUAUUUUAAAUCCUGGCUACUCGAAGUUCCUACACACUGACUCCGCCCUCAAAGCACAUUUAGCGCCGACAUCCAACGCCGCUGCAAGUGAACAGGCAGACCAAGGAGAGAAUGUCUUCCGGCGACGAGUGUGGAUGGAGGGCUCAAAAUACUCUAGUGGUGGCUUUGGCCAUCGGAGAAUCAACUCACACGACUCAAACAUAGGUCGUGAAAGUCCCCGGAAUAGCUCCGAGAGCUGGCAACGUGGAAGUGUAUCCUCCACACUUGGGCCUUCUGAGACACCACCUUUUCCUGCUUGGGACGAUCUAUCUUACAAAACAAUUCAGGUGUCGAACAAAACAUCGACCUUUAGAGGCUACGUUUUUUUGAGCCCUUGGAAUGGCCGUUGCGAAUUUAUCACUGGAGCUGGUGGGGGCUCGUUAAAGUGUCGGCACAGUGUUCCCGGGCUCCAGGGAACAGCACCCGUACCAAUAUCCGUCAGUGAACUGCGCUUUAAUCUCCCAAGCAGCUCGAAAGCUACCACUCCUAUGCCUGACGAGUCCAAACGAUCUUCGUUCUUUCAUCGACCGCGAAAUAGCCGGAACAGCUCAUAUAUUUCAGAUAUUCAAAGAAAUAGUUCAGAGGUGAAAAACUCGCUCGAGCGGUUAGACCUAUCCCUCGGCCAAGAAUACGCUGGUGGUGGUUUUGGCGGCAAGCAGGCAAAGCUAGGGAAACUCAUCAUUGAGGAUGAGGGUCUGAAGAUGGUGGAUUUAUUGGUAGCAGCGAACCUGGCAUUGUGGUGGAGGGCAUAUGAGAAGGUAGAUGGGAGGGCAAGGAGUGAUCAUGGUAGCUUUGUGGCUUAA